AUGACUAUUCAGACGAGGCUUGAGAUGGUGGUGGAGAUCAGGGACAGCCUAGAGAUAACACAUACGGCUGAGUACUUGAACUUUCUAAAAUGUUACUUCCGCGCAGCUUCGGUGAUUCUUCUUCAGAUUACAAAGCCUCAGUUCACUGAUAGUCUUGAGCACAAACUACGGAACAUCGUGGUUGAGAUACUCAAUCGUCUUCCACAUAGCGAGGUUCUUCGCCCCUUUGUUCAAGACCUCUUGAAAGUUGCAAUGCAGGUGCUCACUACAGAUAACGAAGAGAAUGGGUUGAUAUGCAUCCGCAUCAUCUUUGACGUUCUCAGGAACUUUAGGCCUGCAUUAGAGAAUGAGGUUCAACCAUUCCUGGACUUUGUCUGCAAGAUCUACCAGAACUUCAGAUUGACGGUCAGCCAUUUUUUCGAGAAUGUCAAAAUGGAAGAGGUCAAACCUGCGGAGAUAUCUACACCAUCUGAUCAGUCGCUCUCCCUUACCCCACAAUUCCGGAAUGGGCAGAUUAACCCGAGUACGCGUUCAUUCAAAAUAGUCACAGAGAGCCCCCUCGUCGUCUUGUUUCUCUUUCAGCUGUUUAGCAGACUUGUUCAGACCAAUAUUCCUAAUUUGUUGCCCCUGAUGGUUGCUGCCAUUUCUGUCCCUGGACCUGAGAAAGUUCCAUCACAUAUGAAGCAUCACUUCACCGAACUGAAGGGUGCUCAGGUUAAGACGGUUUCGUUUUUGACUUAUUUGUUAAAAAGUUGUGUCGAAUAUAUCAGGCCGCAUGAAGAAAGCAUAUGUAAGAGCAUUGAAUUAUUAGUCUCAUUAAAGCAUGUACUGGGGACGGAUUUCAAGAGAGGGACGGGGCGAGCAUGCUUUGAGUCUUUGAGACCUCUGGCUUACAGCCUUCUUGCCGAGAUUGUUCACCAUGUUCGAGCGGAUCUGUCCUUUUCUCAGGUAGAACCAAUAUUUGAGAAAGGUGUUGAUCAGCAGUCAAUGGAUGAAGCGCGGAUUUUGUUGGGACGUAUCCUGGAUGCCUUUGUUGGGAAAUUCAAUACCUUCAAGCGUACUAUUCCCCAGCUUUUAGAGGAGGGCGAGGGGAAGAAUCUUAUCACUUUGAGGUCGAAGCUUGAACUUCCCGUCCAGGUUCCUGCCGAACUCUCCAAAGAAGUGAAUGAUUGUAAGAAUAUGAUCAAGACACUGGUGAUGGGAAUGAAGACAAUCAUAUGGAGUAUAACCCAUGCACAUUUGGCCCGACCGCAAGGAAUGCACCCACAAGCUCUUGCUUCACAAUCAUCAGCUACUCACGGUUUUAAAGGAAUGAGAGAAGAUGAGGUGUGGAAAGCUUCUGGUGUUUUAAAGAGUGGUGUCCAUUGCUUAGCUCUCUUCAAAGAGAAGGAUGAUGAGAAGGAAAUGCUAAAUCUUUUCUCCCAAAUUUUGGCUAUUAUGGAACCUCGGGAUCUGAUGGACAUGCUCUCUAUUUGUAUGCCUGAACUUUUUGAGUGCAUGAUUGACAAUACUCAACUGGUCCAAAUAUUUGCCACUCUUCUGCAAGCUCCGAAAGUAUACAAGCCGUUUGCAGAUGUUCUGAUUAAUUUCCUAGUAAGCAGCAAGCUCGAUGUUCUGAAGAAUCCAGAUUCAGCUGCAACUAAAUUAGUUCUGCAUCUGUUCCGGUGCCUCUUUGGGGCUGUUUCUAAAGCACCAUCUGAUUUUGAACGAAUAUUGCAACCUCAAGUGCCUGUUAUUAUGGAAGUUUGCAUGAAGAAUGCGACUGAAGUUGAAAAGCCUCUUGGUUAUAUGCAAUUGCUCCGAACAGUUUUCAGAGGACUUGCUGGAUGUAAAUUCGAGCUCCUUCUUAGAGAUUUAAUCCCCAUGCUGCUACCUUGUCUUAAUAUGCUUCUGACAAUGCUUGAGGGCCCCGCCGGGGAAGACAUGAGAGAUCUUUUGUUGGAACUUUCUUUGACGCUUCCUGCACGCUUGAGCUCCUUAUUGCCAUACCUUCCCCGCCUCAUGAGGCCUCUCGUAUCCUGUUUGAAAGGAAGUGAUGAACUAGUGAGCUUGGGGUUACGCACUCUUGAAUUCUGGGUGGAUAGUCUGAAUCCUGACUUUUUGGAGCCAAGUAUGGCAAAUGUAAUGUCUGAAAUGAUCUUAGCAUUAUGGUCCCACCUGAGGCCGGUGCCAUAUCCUUGGGGUGGAAAAGCGUUACAAAUCGUGGGAAAGUUGGGUGGCCGCAACCGGCGAUUUCUUAAAGAGCCACUUACACUUGAAUGCAAAGAUAAUCCGGAGCAUGGGCUUCGCUUAGUUCUGACAUUUGAGCCGUCCACUCCGUUUCUUGUGCCAAUGGACAAAUUCAUUAAUCUUGCUGUAGCAGCUGUUAUUCAGAAAAACCUUACUACAGAAAUCUACUACAGGAAGCAAGCUCUAAAAUUCCUCCGCGUUUGCCUGUUGUCUCAGCUUAAUUUGCCUGGGUGUGUCAUUGACGAGGGUCAGACACACAAUCAGUUAUCAACUUUGUUACUUUCUUCUGUUGAUUCAUCUUGGCGGCGCAGGAGUGAAUCAACAGAAAUAAAGGGUGACUUAGGGGUUAAAACAAAGACACAGUUAAUCGCUGAGAAGUCAAUCUUCAAGAUGCUAUUGAUCACUAUAAUUGCUGCCAGUUCGGAUCCGGAUCUCAGCGACUCAGAUGAUGACUUUGUUCUAAACAUAUGUCGGCAUUUUGCAAUUAUUUUGCAUGGUGACUAUACCUCGUCGUAUGCUUCAACUAGUACUGGUCCAGCUGGGAGUUCGGUGAUUUCAGCAAGCUCCAGGGCCAAGAAUAAUUGGUCUACUAACUUAAAACAGCUGGAUCCUUUGAUAUUUUUGGAUGCACUUGUUGAUGUGCUUGCAGAUGAAAAUAGGCUCCAUGCCAAAGCUGCCCUGACUGCAUUAAAUGUGUUUGCUGAAACUCUGUUGUUCCUUGCUCGUGUCAAACAUGCUGAUGUGCUGAUGGCUAAGGGUGGUCACAGUGCCUCUAUGAUCGUCUCCAGUCCUUCUACAAACCCGGUAUAUUCACCCCAUCCAAGUGUACGAAUACCAGUGUUUGAACAACUUUUGCCUCGGUUGUUGCAUUGCUGUUAUGGGAGCACAUGGCAAGCGCAGAUGGGAGGAGUAAUGGGUUUAGGUGCAUUGGUAGGGAAAGUGAAUGUUGAAACAUUAUGUCUUUUCCAAGUAAAAAUUGUACGUGGUCUGGUCUACGUUCAAAAGAGGCUUCCUGUUUAUGCUAGCAAAGAGCAAGAAGAGACAAGUCAGGUUCUUAUGCAGAUUCUAAGAGUGGUUAAUAAUGUUGACGAAGCAAACAGUGACGCUCGGAGGCAAAGCUUUCAAGGUGUUGUAGAAUAUCUUGCUACUGAAUUGUUCAAUUCAAAUGCAUCUAUCAUAGUGAGAAAAAAUGUUCAGAACUGUCUUGCACUUUUGGCUAGCCGGACUGGUAGUGAGGUAUCUGAACUGCUUGAGCCUUUGUACCAACCUUUGCUGCAGCCACUUAUAAUGCGUCCACUUCGAUCAAAGACAAUUGAUCAACAGGUUGGAACUGUGACAGCUCUGAAUUUUUGUUUAGCACUGAGGCCCCCCCUUCUAAAAGUGACUCCAGAGUUGGUUAGCUUCUUGCAAGAAGCGUUACAAAUAGCUGAGGCUGAUGAAGCUGUAUGGGCUGUGAAGUUGAUGAGUCCUAAAGUCCUUACAUCAUUGAACAGACUUCGGACAGCUUGUAUUGAGAUUCUGUGCACAACUAUGGCAUGGGCUGACUUUCGAACUCAAAGUCACAAUGAACUACGUGCAAAGAUAAUUUCCAUGUUUUUCAAGUCUUUAACCUGUCGAGCACCAGAAAUUGUGACCGUUGCCAAGGAGGGUUUAAGACAGGUUAUCAAUCAACAACGGAUGCCUAAAGAACUUCUUCAGAGUAGCCUCAGACCUAUACUAGUUAAUCUGGCGCACACAAAGAAUCUCAAUAUGCCUUUACUGCAAGGUCUGGCACGUCUUCUUGAACUUCUAUCAAAUUGGUUCAAUGUGACAUUAGGAGGUAAGUUGUUGGAGCACCUUAAAAAAUGGUUAGAGCCGGAGAAACUUGCACAGUCCCAGAAAUCAUGGAAAACUGGUGAAGAGCCGAAAAUUGCAGCAGCAAUUAUCGAGCUCUUCCACUUACUUCCACUUGCUGCAUCAAAAUUUCUAGAUGAACUUGUAACAUUAAUUAUCGACUUAGAAGCAGCUCUUCCUCCAGGACAUGUGUACAGUGAGAUUAACAGCCCGUACCGCCUCCCGCUUACCAAGUUCUUGAAUCGAUAUGCAACCCUAGCUGUUGAUUAUUUUCUUUCCAGAUUAAGCGAACCAAAGUAUUUCCGAAUGUUUAUGUAUGUAAUCCGGUCAGAUGCUGGCCAACCAUUAAGGGAAGAACUUGCAAAAUCUCCACAUAAGAUACUUUCAUGUGCCUUUCCUGAAUUUUUACCAAGAUCUGAUGCUAUACCGAGUGCGGCAGCUUCAGCACCUCCAGCUGGACCAUCUGGAGAUGAAAAUCACGUCUCUAUGCAGUCGAAAAGUUCUAACACGCCGUCAACAAAAUCCAGUGUAGCAUCAGAUGCAUAUUUUCAGGGUCUCUAUCUUAUCAAAACAAUGGUGAAACUGAUACCCAGCUGGCUGCAGAGUAACCGUACCGUUUUUGAUGCCUUGGCUCUCCUUUGGAAAUCACAUGCACGGACAUCUCGCUUGCAGAAUGAGCAAGAGCUGAAUUUAGUUCAGGUAAAAGAGAGCAAAUGGCUUGUCAAGUGCUUUCUCAAUUAUCUACGACAUGAAAAAUCUGAAAUGAACAUUCUUUUCGAUGCUCUCUCUAUUUUCUUGUUCCAUAGUCGUAUUGACUACACCUUUUUGAGGGAGUUUUACAUGAUUGAGGUUGCAGAAGAAUAUCCGCCCAACAUGAAAAGAGCACUUGUUUUGCAUUUUCUAAGCAUUUUCCAUUCAAAACAACUCGCCCAGGAUCAGCUAGUUCAAGCAAUGCAAAUGCUCAUUCUUCCAAUGCUUGCCCAUGCCUUUCAAAAUGGCCAAACUUGGGAAGUUAUUGACCCUAAUAUAGUGAAGACCAUUGUUGAGAGGCUUCUUGAUCCACCUGAAGAGAUUUCUGCUGAAUAUGACGAAUCUUUGAGGAUCGAACUUUUGCAGUUAGCUACUUUGCUUCUGAAAUAUCUUCAGGGUGAUCUGGUUCAUCAUAGAAAAGAGCUCAUCAAGUUUGGAUGGAAUCAUCUCAAACGAGAAGAUAGUGCUAGUAAACAGUGGGCAUUUGUUAAUGUUUGCCACUUCUUGGAUGCUUACCAGGCUCCGGAGAAAAUCAUUCUGCAGGUUUUCGUUGCGCUUCUUAGGACUUACCAGCCGGAGCAUAAGAUGCUAGUUAAGCAGGCCCUGGAUAUUCUAAUGCCAGCUUUACCUAAAAGGCUUCCUCUUGGAGAUUCAAGAAUGCCGAUUUGGAUAAGAUACGCCAAAAAAAUUUUGGUUGAGGAGGGUCACUCAAUUCCAAAUUUGAUCCACAUCUUCCAACUCAUUGUCCGGCACUCAGAUGUCUUUUACAGCUGUAGAGCACAGUUUGUACCUCAGAUGGUGAAUUCCUUAAGUCGUCUAGGUUUACCAUAUAACACCACAGCAGAAAAUAGGCGGCUAGCGAUCGAACUUGCUGGAUUGGUUGUUAGCUGGGAAAGGCAAAGACAGAAUGAAAUGAAAAUGGUUACUGAUGCUGAUGCAACCAGUGAGGUUAGUGAUGGGUUACAUCCUUCAUCCGGUGCAGAUCCUAAGCGUUCAACAGAUGGAUCUUCCAUAUCUGAAGACCCAAGUAAACGAGUUAAAAUUGAAUCUGGUCUCCAAUCAUUGUGUGUUAUGUCACCUGGUGGUGCAUCGUCAAUCCCCAAUAUAGAAACUCCUGGAUCUGCUACCCAGCCUGAUGAGGAAUUCAAGCCAAAUGCUGCUAUGGAAGAACUAAUCAUCAACUUUCUUAUAAGAGAUCUGGUAGCAGUGGUAACUGAGCCUAAGGACAGGGAAGCCAACACUAUGUACAAACAAGCUUUAGAUUUUCUUUCACAAGCUUUGGAAGUUUGGCCAAAUGCGAACGUCAAGUUUAACUAUUUAGAAAAGCUGCUAAGCAGCAUGCCAUCGUCUCAGUCAGAUCCGUCCACAGCACUUGCGCAGGGAUUAGAUGUCAUGAACAAGGUUCUGGAGAAGCAGCCGCAUCUUUUCAUUAAGAACAACAUCAGCCAAAUCUCACAGUUUCUUGAGCUGUCUUUUAAACACAAGAUGUUGGAUGCUGGUAAAUCGUUAUGCUCCUUACUGAAAAUGGUCAUCAUCGCCUUCCCAUUGGAUGGAGCUAGUACACCUCCUGACAUAAAGUUAUUGUAUCAGAAAGUCAAUGAGCUGAUACAGAUACAUGUACAUGCUAUUACGGUUCCACAAGCUGCAGGAGAUGAUAACUCUCUCGGUUCAAUCAGCUUUGUACUUAUUGUCCUUAAAACCUUGGCAGAGGUACAGAAAAACUUUGUUGAGCCACAUGUACUGGUGCGUAUGCUUCAGCGGCUUUCGCGGGAUCUCGGAUUGGCAGCGGGUGCUCACCCUAGACAAAGCCAGCGGACAGAUUCAGAUUCUGCAGUAACUUCUUCUCGUCAAACUGCUGAUGUCGGGGCAGUCAUAUCUAAUAUAAAGUCGGUCUUGGAGCUUAUUGAUGAAAGGGUUAUGCUUUUGGCGGAUUGCAAAAGACUCGUGACUCAAAUAUUGAGCACUUUGCUCUCAGAAAAGGGUACUGAUUCUGGCGUACUUCUCUGCGUUCUAGACAUGUUAAAAAGAUGGGCUGAGAAUGAUUUCGGAAGAAUAGGUUCAUCUGGGUCCACUGGUGCUUUUCUUACCCAGAAGGAUAUAGUUGAUAAGCAGCACUUCUCAUCUGUUGCUUUGGAAGAGUGGGAUAAGGCGUAUCUCCAGCUUUUGUAUGGACUUUGUGCCGAUUCAACGAAGUAUCCACUGGCCCUCCGACAAGAGAUUUCCCUGAAAGUUGAAAGACAUUCCAUGCUUGGUUUACGGGCAAGGGAUCCUGAAAUGCGAAGGAAGUUCUUUUUGUUAUACCACGAAUCUCUUGGAAAAAGUUUAUUCGCACGGUUGCAGUACAUUAUUCAAAACCAGGAGUGGGAAGCUAUGAGUGAUGUCUUUUGGCUGAAACAGGGGCUUGAUCUCCUCUUAGCCAUCUUAAUUGAGGAGAAGCCAAUUACUCUAGCACCGAAUUCUGCCAGGGUAGUACCACUUUUGCCUUCGCAUAGUCCUGGAGUACACCACCAACCACCUGCUAUGCCGGAGGGACCUGAAGAAGUUGCUUCAUUGUUUGAUAGCAUUGUUCGGAACCAUGCACAUUUUCUUAGCGCUGCAAGCAAACUUCAGGUGGCUGAUGUUGUUAUCCCCUUAAGAGAGCUGGCUCACACAGAUGCCAAUGUAGCUUAUCAUCUGUGGGUGCUAGUAUUUCCAAUUGUGUGGGCAACCCUACACAAGGAUGAGCAGAUAGCUUUGGCUAAACCUAUGAUUUCUCUCCUGUCAAAGGAUUACCACAAGAAGCAGCAAGGUCACAGGCCAAAUGUUGUGCAAGCGCUGCUGGAAGGGCUUCAAUUGAGCCAUCCUCAACCUAGGAUGCCUAGUGAGCUUAUCAAAUAUAUUGGAAAAACGUACAAUGCAUGGCACAUCGCAUUGUCUCUGCUAGAGACUCAUGUCAUGCUGUUCAUGAAUGACUCAAAAUGUGCCGAGUCACUUGCUGAGCUUUAUCGUUUUUUAAAUGAGGAAGACAGGAGAUUUGGGUUGUGGAAAAAUAGGUCCAUCACUGCCGAAUCUAGAGCUGGGCUUUCAAUGGUUCAACAUGGUUUUUGGGAGCGUGCUCAGAGCCUUUUUUAUCAGGCGAUGGUUAAGGCAACCCAAGGCACUUACAAUAAUACAGUACCGAAGGCUGAAAUGUGCCUGUGGGAGGAGCAAUGGCUUCACUGUGCCAGUCAACUUGGUCAGUGGGAUUCCCUGGUAGAUUUUGGAAAAAGCACUGAAAAUUAUGAAAUUUUGCUUGAUAGUCUUUGGAAAGUACCAGAUUGGGGAUAUUUGAAGGAUCAUGUGAUACCCAAGGCACAAGUGGAAGAAACGCCUAAGCUUCGUUUGGUUCAAGCUUGUUUUGCCCUUCAUGAAAAAAAUGCAAACGGCGUCGGAGAUGCUGAAAACAUAGUUGGGAAAGGCGUUGAUCUUGCUUUGGAACAGUGGUGGCAGUUACCUGAAAUGUCUCUUCAGGCUAGAGUGCCUCUACUGCAGCAAUUCCAACAACUAGUGGAGGUGCAAGAGUCUUCUAGAAUUUUUGUUGACAUCGCAAAUGGGAGUAAAGUUCCAGGAAAUGCUGCUGUUAGUGGACAGGGAAAUCCAUAUGCUGAUCUGAAGGACAUUCUUGAGACUUGGAGGCUGAGGACUCCAAAUGAAUGGGACAACAUGACUGUCUGGUAUGAUAUGCUGCAAUGGAGGAAUGAAAUGUAUAACGUUGCUAUUGAUGCAUUUAAGGACUUUGGAAAUUCAAAUACUCAACUUCAUCACCUUGGUUAUCGUGACAAAGCAUGGAACGUCAAUAAGCUUGCUAGGGUAGCUCGGAAACAAGGGCUAUAUGAUGUUUGUGUUCAGAUACUUGACAAAAUGUAUGGACACUCACAAAUGGAAGUACAGGAAGCCUUUGUUAAAAUUAAAGAGCAGGCAAAAGCUUACCUGGAUACGAAAGGAGAGCUUGCUACUGGUCUUAAUCUGGUUAAUAGCACAAAUUUGGAGUUCUUUCUAGCGAAGAACAAGGCAGAGAUAUUUCGUCUAAAGGGGGAUUUUCAUUUGAAGUUGAACGACACUGAAGGUGCUAACAUUGCUUAUUCCAAUGCAAUCUCCCUAUUCAAGAAUUUACCCAAAGGAUGGAUAAGCUGGGGAAAUUACUGUGACAUGGCAUACCAAGAAACAGAAGAUGAAAUCUGGCUAGAAUAUGCUGUCAGCUGCUUUCUUCAGGGUAUAAGAUUUGGAGUUUCCAAUUCCAGAAGUCACAUGGCUCGUGUUCUUUAUCUUCUUAGUUUCGAUACAGCAAAUGAGCCUGUUGGUAGGAUAUUUGAUAAACACUUGGAACAAGUACCUCACUGGGUGUGGCUCUCUUGGAUCCCACAGCUGUUGCUUUCCCUGCAGCGAACAGAAGCACCCCAUUGCAAAUUGGUUCUACUGAAAAUUGCUGCAAUAUUCCCGCAGGCUCUCUAUUACUGGCUCCGCACAUACUUACUGGAGCGCCGUGAUGCAGUAAAUAAAUCCGAACUUAACAGAGUGGUUUUGGCUCAAAGAAUGCAGCAGAAUGCUCCUGGUGUUAGUGCGGGUCAUGGUGGAGGUAUUAUAUCAUCGGAAACUCAAAUCCAUCAAGGUGCUCAAAGUAGUGGGGCUGUUAGAACCCAUGACGAUGGUAACCCACACGCCCAAGAAAGUGAACGUUCCACUGUGGAUAACAAUGUGCAUUCAGGGAAUGAUCAACCUAUGAACCAAAGCAGUUCAGCUAUCAGUGAGAAUAGUCAAAACGCAGCAAUACGGAAUGGUGCUUCAUUGGCGAUCUCUGCUGCUGGCGCUUUUGAUGCGGCAAAGGAUAUUAUGGAAGCUCUUAGAAGUAAACAUAACAACUUGGCCAGUGAACUUGAGGUGAUUCUUCUCACAGAAAUAGGUUCAAGGUUUGUUACUUUACCAGAAGAAAGACUUCUAGCUGUUGUGAAUGCUUUGUUGCAUCGAUGUUACAAAUAUCCCACUGCCACCACUGCUGAAGUUCCCCAACCACUCAAGAAAGAACUCUCGGAUGCUGUGACCAAGCAUGUCGAAUUUGUGAGAGAAUACAAACAGGAUUUCGAGCAUGGCCUGGAUCCAGAAAGUAAUUCAUUCCCUGGUACACUCGCAGAGCUGACAAAGAAACUGAAAGAAUGGAAACACAUUCUUCAGAGCAAUGUUGAAGACAGAUUCCCCGCUGUGUUGAGAUUGGAAGACGAGAGCAAGGUGCUCCGGGACUUCAAUGUGGUUGAUGUAGAGAUUCCAGGACAGUACUUCGCUGACCAGGAAGUAGCACCUGAUCAUACAGUAAAGUUGGAUAGGGUUGGAGCUGACAUACAAAUUGUACGAAGGCAUGGGAGCAGCUGCAGACGUUUGACUCUUAUUGGCUCUGAUGGCUCGCAAAAGCAUUUUAUUGUACAAACAUCACUAACUCCUAAUGCGAGGAGUGAUGAACGAAUCUUGCAGCUUUUCCGUGUGAUGAACCAAAUGUUUGAUAAGCAUAAAGAGUCAAGAAGACGCCAUAUAGGAAUUCAUACUCCGAUCAUAAUCCCUGUCUGGUCUCAGGUCCGAAUGGUUGAGGAUGAUAUCAUGUACAACACUUUCCUUGAGGUGUAUGAGAAUCACUGUGGAAGGAAUGGUCGAGAGUCAGAUCUUCCUAUUACCUACUUCAAGGAGAAACUCAAUCAAGCUAUCUCAGGUCAAAUAUCACCAGAGGCAAUUGGAGAUCUUCGGCUACAGGCUUAUGGUGAAAUCACAAAGAACAUAGUCAAUGACAGUGUUUUCUCCCAGUACAUGUACAAGACAUCGAUGAGCGGAAGCCAUCUUUGGGCUUUCAAGAAGCAAUUCGGUGUCCAGCUAGCUGUCUCCAAUUUCAUGUCUUUCAUUCUACAAAUCGGUGGGAGAUCCCCAAACAAGAUCUUAUUCGCCAAAAACACUGGAAAAAUGCUUCAGACAGAUUUUCAUCCAACUUAUGACUCCAACGGGAUGAUUGAGCUUAACGAACCCGUGCCUUUCCGCCUCACAAGGAACAUGCAAGCCUUUUUCUCGCAAUUUGGUGUCGAAGGCCCUCUCAUGUCAAACAUGUGUUCUGCAUCUCAAGCCGUUUUCUCCUUCAAGCAAAAGGAACAUAUUCGGUAUCAGUUAGCCAUGUUCUUCCGCGAUGAGCUUCUGUCUUGGUUUGGAAGAAGGCCUCUCGGAGUGCCUAUUCCGCCUGUUGCUGGAGCUGCCACUUUGAGCUCGGCCGAGCUCAAGCACAAAGUUAACUUAAACGUAGACGAGGUCAUUGGGCGAAUCAAAGGAAUAGCUCCACAGUAUUUCUCUGAAGAGGAUGAGAACAACUCCGUGGAGCCGCCAGUGUCUGUGCAAAGAGGCGUGAGUGAAUUGGUGGAAGCAGCUUUGUCGCCUCGCAACCUAUAUCCUCCAUUAGAGACCCGAAACCGAAGUUCUAAGAGCAUCAUGGGUCUCUGUUUCUCUUCUUCUAAAGCCACCAGACGUCGUGGCACCAGUCGCCGGAACCCGAACCCGACCCAUGAGACACCUAAACCGCGACCACAGGGGAAGGCGAGAGAGAAGAUUAGUAAUAAAAACAAGAAGAAGACGAAGAACAACAAGAUCCAAUUGAAGCACGGAGGUGGGACCCCGUACGGCAAGCACAUCGAUUUCGGAUACGCUAAGGAUUUCGAUAACCGAUACACCAUCGGGAAAUUGCUCGGACACGGCCAGUUUGGCUUUACCUACGUCGCCACCGAUAACAUUAACGACGAACGCGUCGCCGUCAAGAGAAUCGAUAAGGCCAAGAUGACUCUACCGAUUGAAGUGGAAGAUGUGAAGCGAGAAGUUAAGAUACUACAAGCUUUAGGUGGGCAUGAGAAUGUGGUUGGGUUUCACAAUGUGUUUGAAGACAACAACUAUGUUUAUAUAGUCAUGGAGUUAUGUGAAGGUGGUGAGUUGCUAGAUCGAAUAUUAGCUAAGAAAGAAAGCCGUUACAGCGAGAAAGAUGCAGCGGUUGUGGUGAGACAGAUGCUGAAAGUUGCAGCUGAGUGUCAUCUUCGCGGUUUGGUUCACCGUGAUAUGAAGCCAGAGAACUUUCUAUUCAAAUCGACAGAAGAAGAUUCGUCUCUAAAGGCUACAGAUUUCGGAUUGUCUGACUUUAUAAAGCCAGGAACGAAAUUCCAGGACAUAGUAGGAAGCGCGUACUACGUUGCACCUGAAGUGUUGAAACGUAAGUCAGGACCCGAAUCAGACGUGUGGAGUAUAGGUGUCAUCACGUACAUUCUGCUCUGCGGAAGAAGACCCUUCUGGGAUAAGACACAAGACGGAAUAUUCAAUGAGGUUACAGUAAUAUCUUCUAAGAAAGCAAUCUAUGAUAUGUUUGUUCUUCAUGGAGGUGCUUAUACUGACAUGACAAAAAAAAAUAAACAGGUCAUGAGAAAAAAACCUGACUUCAUAACAGUCCCGUGGCCAACCAUUAGCAACGGUGCCAAAGAUUUCGUGAAGAAGUUGUUAGUAAAAGAGCCGCGAGCACGUUUAACAGCAGCUCAAGCUCUAUCACAUCCAUGGGUGAGAGAAGGAGGCGAGGCCUCGGAGAUUCCAAUAGACAUAUCUGUUCUCAACAAUAUGCGUCAGUUUGUUAAAUUCAGCCGCCUUAAGCAGAUUGCUCUGAGGGCUCUGGCGACGACAAUCGAUGAGGAUGAGCUGGAUGAUCUCAGAGACCAGUUUGAUGCCAUUGACAUUGACAAGAACGGUUCCAUUAGCCUUGAGGAGAUGAGGCAGGCUCUUGCGAAAGAUCUUCCUUGGAAACUGAAGGAUGCAAGAGUUGCAGAGAUUCUUCAAGCAGUAAGUCAGUCACUGAGUAGUAGUAAUAAUGCUCACAAGCCGCCUCCACGGAUCGAUAGCAACACUGAUGGAUUUGUGGAUUUCACUGAGUUUGUGGUGGCUACUUUGCACGUGAAUCAAUUGGAGGAGCAUGACUCUGAGAAGUGGCAACAGAGGUCAAAAGCAGCAUUUGAGAAGUUUGACAUAGACAGAGACGGGUUUAUAACACCCGAGGAACUUCGUUUGCAAACGGGUUUGAAAGGCUCCAUCGAACCACUUCUUGAAGAGGCUGACGUGGAUGAAGAUGGGAGAAUCAGCAUCCAUGAGUUUCGCAGACUCUUGAAAUCUGCAAGCCUCAAGUCAAGAAACGUUAAAAGCCCUCCUGAUCAAGAAAAUGGUAUAGAGAGGCUAGAUGAAGUUUGUAAAUUGGGUACUGAGAAUCACCCAUUUGGUCGUAAGCACAAGAAGACGAAGAAGAGUGCUGAUUCAGUGCCGGUUCGGGAGAUGAUAAGUGUAAUGAGGAAUCCAUGGGACCAUAGUACUUCUGACUCUAUGCUGAUAUUGAGCAUUAAGAAUCUCGAUCUCGGACUUGAGAGAUGA